CCAACAAACAAAGAAACACAACAAUGACGUCGCCCAGCACUCUUAUCUUAUCGCCUUCCAAACACCGCACCAUUCCCAAUCCGGCCCGCCCGGCAACCUUUCCGACAGCUCUCCAUCACACCAUUUCCUCCACCUCCACCUCCACCAUCAACAACACAACAUCCCACUCACUAACUCACUCACCCAUCCAACAUCCAAUAUGUCACACCCAACAACAAUGAAAGCCUGGCUCUACAGCCACACCACCCCAACCCUCGAACAAAACCUCACCCUAACCCCGACCGCCACACCCCCUCCACCACCGAAACCGACCCAACUCCUCAUCCGCGUCCUCACCUGCGCCCUAAACCCAGCCGAUUACAAAGUCCCCUCGAUGCCAAUCAUAUCUCGCCUCCUGAUCCGCAAACCCGCCAGCCCCUGUCUCGACUUCGCAGGCGAAAUCAUCACCCCAGGAUCUAGCGUCACGGAAUUCACCGCCGGCCAAAUCGUCUACGGAACCUUGCCCCUACCUACCCAGUUCGGGCCAUUUGGGGAAUACAUCCUUGCAGAGACAGAGCACGUACAAUUAGUACCGGAGGGCGUUGGGAUCGAUCACGCAGCGACGGUGGGUGUCGCGGGGCAGACGGCAUGGCAGGCUAUUUCGCCGUAUGUGACGCCUGAUAAAGGGGAUAAGGUGCUUAUUGUGGGUGCAUCUGGUGGGUGUGGGAUCUAUGCGGUGCAGAUUGCCAAGGCGUUGGGGUGUGAGGUUACGGCUGUGUGCUCUACUAAGAAGGUGGAGUUUGUGAAGGGGUUGGGUGCGGAUGAGGUGAUAGAUUAUGCGAAAGAGGAUGUGGUGGAGGUGUUGAAGGGGAAGGGGAAGGUUUUCAAGUUGGUUGUGGAUCAUGUGGGAGAGCCGACGGGGUUGUAUGCGGAGAGUGAGGGGUUCUUGGUGCCUGGGGGAGUGUUUACGCAGGUUGGGGCACAUUGGAUGCCGACGUUUAUGGUGAGGAUGUUGAGGCCGAGAUUUUUGGGCGGUGGGAAGGCGAAGUAUGUGCCCAUUUUCUGGAAGAGUAAUCGGAGGGAUUUGACUAAGGUGGGGGAGUUGAUUGCAGAGGGGAAGGUGAAGGUUGUGCUGGAUAGUGUUUUUGAGUUUGAGGAGGCGCCGAAAGCGUUUGAGAAGUUGAGAGAGGGGAGGGCGAGGGGGAAGAUUGUGGUUCAUGUUGGGGAGAGGAAGUGAGGACUCUGCUAGGCUUGGGUGGGGGUAAUGUGUUAUUUUAUUCUAUUCGUAGGGUGGGUUCUAAUGAUUAUGGGGAUGUCCGUAUGGCGGGUUCAUUUCUGCUUCAGGAAAGUCAACGCCCCGAGAGAUAUCGCAUCCACGGCUGUUUGCAGCGUGGGCUCGAUCACUGGCGCAAAGUAUGGCGAGUGGUUACUGGGGAGGUCCUUCACUGUGCCAUUCUUGACUGCGUCGUCCCAAUUCUGGGGAUCAACGCCGCCAUAUGUCCACAUCACGUACGGCGCGUUCACGGCUCGAGCCAGUAAAGAAAAGUCCUCGCUUGCAUUCCCAGGAUCUGUCUCAACGAGACGGUCUUCGAAGUAAGCGCCGAAGGUUCUCCUCAGAGCUUGCACGGUAGCAUCGUCGUUUAUGGUGGCUGGUGUAGAGGAGACAUGGUCGAUUCGCGGU